CGCGUCUCUAGUUGCCACGUCACCCGCCAACCUGUCAGGGCAUAAAUAGUAAAGAUGGCGGCCUCCAUCCGGGAAAAACAGACAGCUGCUUUGAAGCGUAUGCUUAACUUUAAUGCACCACCUUUAAAAAACACAGCAGUUGAACCCGUAUGGAAGGUACUUAUUUACGAUCGCUUUGGUCAAGAUAUCAUCUCUCCCCUUCUAUCUGUGAAAGAGCUAAGAGACAUGGGAAUCACUUUACACCUAUUAUUACACUCAGACAGAGAUCCCAUUCCAGAUGUUCCUGCUAUUUACUUUGUGAUGCCCACAGAGGAGAACAUAGACAGGAUAUGUCAAGACCUGCGGAAUCAACUCUAUGAGUCAUACUACCUGAACUUUAUCUCUGCAAUCUCCAGAAGCAAACUGGAAGACAUUGCAAGUGCAGCUCUUGCAGCAAAUGCUGUGAAUCAGGUGACCAAGGUGUUUGAUCAAUAUUUGAACUUCAUAACAUUAGAAGAUGACAUGUUUGUCCUCUGCAAUCAAAAUAAAGAACAGAUCUCCUAUCAUGCAAUCAACAAACCGGAUAUUAUGGACACCGAUAUGGAGGCUAUAAUGGACACAAUUGUUGACAGUCUCUUCUGCUUCUUUGUGACUCUUGGUGCUGUUCCAAUAAUCAGAUGUCCAAGAGGAAACGCAGCUGAAAUGGUAGCUGUGAAACUUGACAAGAAACUGAGAGAAAAUUUGCGAGAUGCUCGCAACAGCCUGUUUACAGGCGAUACCAUGGGCACAGGACAGUUUAGUUUCCAGAGGCCAUUGUUUGUUCUUGCCGACCGCAAUCUGGAUCUUGCCACCCCACUCCAUCACACAUGGACCUACCAAGCUCUCAUUCAUGACGUCUUGGACUUCCAUCUGAACAGGGUCAGUCUAGAGGAAUCUGCGGGGUCAGAAAUGAGUCCAGCAGGGGCACGGCCCAAAAAGAAGAACAAAAAGAGCUACGACCUCACUGCUGCAGACAGGUUUUGGCAGAAGCACAAAGGAAGCCCAUUCCCUGAGGUUGCCGAGUCAGUGCAGGAGGAGUUGGAUACAUACAGAGCCCAGGAGGAUGAGGUUAAGCGCCUCAAGAGCAUCAUGGGCUUAGAAGGGGAAGAUGAGGGAGCCAUUAGUAUGUUGUCAGAUAACACUGCCAAACUUACCUCAGCUGUCAGUUCUCUUCCUGAGCUUUUAGAGAAAAAGAGACUAAUUGAUCUCCACACAAAUGUUGCUACAGCAGUUUUGGACCACAUUAAGACACGCAAGUUGGAUGUAUACUUUGAGUAUGAGGAGAAGCUAAUGAGCAAGUCCACUCUGGAUAAAUCCCUGUUGGACAUCAUCAGUGACCCGGAUGCUGGAACACCAGAGGAUAAGAUGAGACUUUUCCUGAUCUACUAUAUCACCUCCCAGCAGCCUCCAUCUGAGGGUGAUCUCGAGCAAUAUAGAAAGUCUUUGAUUGAUGCUGGCUGUGACCUGUCCCCUUUGAACUACAUAAAGCAGUGGAAAGCUUUUACAAAGAUGGCUGCUGCACCAGCCAGUUACGGUAACAGUGGAGUGAAACCAAUGGGGCUUUUUUCCAGAGUCAUGAACUCUGGCUCACAAUUUGUCAUGGAAGGUGUGAAAAAUCUGGUCUUGAAACAACAUAAUCUGCCAGUUACUCGAAUCUUGGACAACCUGAUGGAUAUGAAGUCAAAUCCGGAAACAGAUGACUACAGAUACUUUGACCCCAAAAUGCUGCGUGGCAGUGAAAGCUCUAUUCCAAGGAACAAGAACCCAUUUCAAGAGGCCAUUGUUUUCGUUGUUGGUGGUGGAAACUACAUAGAAUAUCAAAAUCUUGUUGACUAUACAAGGGUAUGUUCUUUUCAUUUAACUGAAUUUCUAGAGGGAAAAAAACAUAACUCAUGUUGUGGUGAUGAUGGGAAAGUGAUGAGUUUUUCUUUCCAGGCAAAGCAGGGGAAAAAAGUGAUGUAUGGCUGCAGUGAGCUGUUCAGUGCAGCACAAUUCCUGAAACAGCUCUCUCAAUUGGGGCAGAAGUAGAUCUAACCUUGGGAAUCCUGUUUCUCCUGCCUUCAAAUCUGCUCUCAGCUUCUCUCCCUUUAUACACCAUUGUCCUUCUAACAACUCUGCUAAUGUCCUAUAUACUUUAUAAUGUUUAGCAUAUGGUUAUUUAAUAAAAUAAAUAAUACAUCUGUCAAUAAAGUUUGAAUCGAUCACAUAAUAGACUACUUGACAGCGCAUUUCAUGUGAGUUUCAUGUGCCUUGAAUCUGGUAAAUAUACAACAGAUGAAGUCGAUUUAAAGUAUAUUGCACAUAUACAGCUAGCUAGCUUAGUUUCUGUUAGUGACUUAAGUGCUAAGUGGUUAACAGCCUAAAGAAUAAAUCGAUGAGCAGCGAUAAAUUCUUUAAAUGAUUUAAGGCAGUGACUGGAAACAUCUCGGACACAGUUCUUAAUAGGGUUAGCAAAUUAAGUGCAUAAACACAGUCGAACUCUGUAUGUUCUCAUUCCUCAUAUUUUUUAAACUUCUCAAUUAAAAUUCAUGUGUCUGGUGUUGUGACUCAGAAGUUGGUUCUGUGGAGACUCAAACCUGAGAUUGGUCCAUUUUUGGCUAUAUCAAUUUAUGCUCUUAGAAUUAUUCAUUUUAUUUUAAAUUAAUUCUAGUGAUUUAUAAAAUGUAGUUGGUCCAGAGGAUGAGUAGGUGGAGAAGAGAGAAUAAUUGAAGGUUAUUUGGUAUUACAGUUUUUUACAGACGCUAGGACACAUUUCUCAAUACUUAGGUCACUUUUGCAAAACUCUUCACACAGUAAGCACAAAAGAAGUCUAUGUGGGCUAAACUGAGGAUCAAUUACCAUUGUUGUGGCACAAAAUGCAUUCAAUGACUACAUCUCUCAAAUUUCAUGAAUUCUUUUCUCUCUCAGACACAACAACUGCCAAAAAUCUUUGUACGUACAGGACAUUUUGCAUGUGCUUACAUACUGUUUUCAAAACUGUUAAACUUAUGUUCAAAACAAUAACAUAAUGCAAAACUGAAUAAGACAGCAAGACGGCAAUAUUUUAUUGAAACAUAUUUUAAAUCUAAAAAUGCAGUUUAACCAGCCACAGUUAAUUCUCAUUGUAGAUGAACAUCUACACAGGUGUUACUCUUUCAAUUUCAUUACAAACGGAGACAACUGCUGAUUAGGGUUGUAUUGUGAUGUAAACAUGGACCCAGCCAGAAAUAGAGAAGUGGCUGAAGGAGGAAGUAGAGUGGCUAAGCGGGGGCGAGAAAUACGUAUGCAUGGUGGAAGAAGAAUAAGAGGAAGAUCAAGAGCUGUAGUCUCAGAUGAGACCAGAGCUACUGUAAUUGAUUAUGUAGUAAAUCAUGGUCUCUCAAUGAGAGAGGCUGGUCAGAGAGUGCAGCCAAAUCUGCAACACUCUACAGUGGCAUCUAUUGUUAGAGUUUUCCGGCAAACCAACAGGUAACUUGUAUUCUGCAAGGGCAUUUGACUCAGUUGCACAUUUCAGAAGUAAAAAAAACUUUUGUGUAAUUGUUUUUGCAUUUCUGCUUAGGACUCAACGGUUACCUUAUACAGGUAGAAGGGAAAGAAUUUUAUGAUUUCCUUAGUGCAAAAAAUAAAUAAAUAAACAACAAAAUAUUGACGAAUUUUGCAUAAUGUCUGAUUCAUUCCAGUAACAUAUAUUGCAGAUAUAAACAAUAUAUAUUGCAAUUAUAACAGAUGUGUCCUUGUUUUACACAAGAAAACACUGUGUAAUGCUACAUGUCGUUAGUGUUUUUUAGGUCAUUGUUUUGUGGGUGACAAAGUGUGUUUGUCGGCUGUCAACCUUUGCUGGUGUUCUGGAAGAAUGAGUUUAUUUGAGGCCUGAAUAAAGUGUUUUGGUAGUUGUAGUGCAUUUUGAAUGUGAAAUUAACUGCUUUGCCAAGCUGAAAGUCAGUUAGGAGAAUUGUGUGAAGAGUUUUGCAAAAGUGACCGAAGUAUUGAGAAAUGUGUUCUAGCGUCUGUAAAAAACUGUAAUGCAGACAACCAGUGAUUCUUACUGACACAUUGAUUAGAAGACUAAGUCCAGCCAUCUUGAAUUGGGGCUGGUAUUGUAACAUUAAUUUGGACCAAACAAAGUCUUUCAAACUGUACAAUUUCUUAACCUUUAACAUCUAUUAUUGUAUAUAUCUUAUAUUGUACUUGUAUUUGGAUACUCAGAUGGAAUCCUUUAAGUUUGUAAUGUUCAAAAAUAAAGGCUAUGUGAUUCA